AUUGGCACUAUCUUCUUUUUCGCUGAGUUUCUUUGGAAAAAUCCGUUUGUCAGAGAACGAGCUCGUCAACUCGGAAUUCCAUCUUCACCAUAUAAAAUGCUGGGAUGUGCUUUUCACUUUCUCUUCAAACAAACAAGGGUGAUGAAAACGGCUUUGGAAGAAGCAAGAAGAUCGCUUUCCAGGCAUCCACCUCUUCUUGGAAUUCAUAUUAGAACAAGUGAUCACCAUUUUGGGAGUAAAAAUGAAUUUUCUUACAGAUCUCACAACACAUCAAGCUUUUUUAUAUGUGCUUUACAACAGAGUGCUUUCAUUCUAGCAAACACUCAUCACUCAAAUUUGACAACUUUACAAUGGUUUCUCGCUGCAGACGACCAAGAAGUCAAAGACAUGGCGAGGAAGAAUUAUUCAAACGAAAUAAUAUCUCUGGGAUUUCGACCCAUGCAUACAGAAUUUUCCAGUGGGUCAGUAGGUGCAAAAACAGUCGUGCGUGAUGUUUUAACUGAUGUCUUUCUUCUCGCUGAGAGUAGUUACCUCCUCGUAACUUCAGAAAGUACUUUGAGUAAUUUAGCGGCGGCUGUGGGUUUACACACUAAAGAAAGCAUUGGAGAUGGAGAAAAAUGUCUGGUAAACAGAACUUCCUUGCUUAAAAUCAUUCAAGCUAUCAGUAAUUAG